AUGGGAAACUAUGGCAGUAAGAAGAAGCGGGCCUCCGCGACGACUACGCCCGCUUCGGCACAGGAAUGCGGACCCGAGCAGAUUGAUAAUGGUGGAAACCAGGAGUCAUGUUGCAGUUAGCCUUUCCUUACCUUCUCAUGCAUGAAAAGUGAGCCACUGUUCAUGUUUGUAUAGGAAGUGUGUUCUUCCUCUCCCUUCUCCCGCCCACACGCAUGAUGUUCUCGCAACAAUCAAUUUCAAUCAAUCACACAAACAGGCUCCGCCUCUUCGUGCAAGAAUAAAACGAAAAAGCAGCCAGCGCCAACUACCAUGGCAGACCGAAUAUUCCAUCCAGCAGUGCCCAGGAAAAUGAGCCGAGAGGACGAUGUGGUGUCACCGGAAGCGCAAAACUUAUUGCUCAUAGAGCCCGGUAAGCCCUAUUUAAGCUUUUCAUGCUUCUGGUUAGUACGGACACGAGGGGUGCCGGUGCGUAGAUAAAAUAUUAUGCAGGAGCUGAGGCAGAGGAUGAGGGAGAGGCCCGAAGGCAUCUGUUUCAUGUUGCGACGAUGUCAUGAAAGACAAAGAUGAACAUGUAGGACUAGGAAUACGUGAUUGAUAGUGGUAGAAGUGACCGUGCUCCCGCUCCUGCUCGUGGUGCUUCUUCUUGCAACUGGUGCACACAAGAAACGAUUACCACAGUUGUAUCAUUUCAACUCCACCACAAAUUAUACCUGCAGGUGGAGUCCCGAAAAACGAGCCAAGGAAACAAAACAAGCUCGGAGGGUCGACCACGGUAUUGUAUCAUGUUAUGGAAGCGUCAGGUUUGAAAUCGUCAAAGUUGAAAUAAUUUGUAAUGCAUAAAAUGCAUGGCCCGCGGUACGUGUGUUGCAGAGCAGGCACGUGAGGCCGAUUGUAAGCCUGUUUGGGGUUACAGCUCGAGCUGCUAAAGUAGCAUGAGAAAAUCACUUUUGUUUGCCUAAACAGCAUGACAAACUGGAUUUAGGAACCGCCGAAAUUUGUCAUGCGCCACUAUGCAUGACAAAUUAUUUCAACUUUGUCGAUUUCAACUCUGACACAUCCAUACAUGUAAUUUUUCCAUGAGCUGCUUCUGCAGUCGUGCUGCUCGUGUCUUUGUCUUGCUCCUGGCUUUGCCUGUAGAAGUUGAAGUCUUGCACGAGCGUAGUACUCAGCACUUCUGAUUUGCACUGCAAUUGCAGCAAGAACAGUUGAUCUGCAUGUGCUUUAUGAUUGGUCCUUUCGCGGCCAAUAAAAAACCACGACACAAAUAAUCAUUUAAAAUGAGGUCACCGAACAGCCUCCGGACCAAGAAAAGUCCAACGCCUCGUCCAACACAAAUUCGAAGGGAGCCAAUAGAUCUUCUUCCUCCGGAACCUCGUAUGAGGUGGACGCUUCCAUACUGCAGCAGCAACAGAUAAUGACAAACGCCAAGCAUCAGAAGUCUUCCUCUUCCUCCAGUAAGGCCGGAAAUAAAGACUCAGCAGGGGCCCUUACCUCCUUCCAGCAACAAUCAGUAGAAAAGCUUUUCAUGCACGGCAGCAUUUUGUCGCCCAAACCCAGCGGCAUCAGGACGCCCCCGAAAACUAGUCUCGUGUUCUCCGGUACUUCUACAGGUGGAGCAAACAGCAGCAGCGGAUCGAGCAGUAGCGCCAUGACCACUAGCGGAGGCGCAGCCCCCGCCGAGGAGGUAGACCAAAACACGGACUUGGUUUACCUUGCUACCGGCCUAACGGAGUAUCGGAUUGCGGCGGACGGGCAAACCGUCCUGGAUAAAAAAACCGGGAAACCGAUUCCAAACUGCCCAACUUUGGAUCUACUGGAGCAGCAAAGGUGGUAUGCAUUGCAAAAGAAUCGUACUCGUAUAAAUGCAUUACAAAUUUCCUCAGCAUGAGAAAGAAAAUUUGUAAUGCUGAUUUACCUUAGGAAAUAGAUUUGUAAUGCAUGAUUGCAAUACGAGUACGAUACUUUUGCACAGGAUAGAUGGAUGCUCGGCGGGUUGGGGAACAAACGCGAGAAAUCGGGUUCCAGUGACUACGAGACGAAAACUUACGAGGUUGUGGUAUGAAUUGAAACAGUAAUAAUAUCGCCUCAGUAGUAAUCGCAAUUGCAAACUCCAACUCGCUCUCGCUCAGCAUGACCACAAAUGGAAUUUGUCAUGCCAUUUGUCAUAAUCACGAUAAUAUAUAUUAUAAUAUAUUUCACCUUGGGAAGAACAAGGUAAUUUGUACUGAGGCAUCACUGUAUUAAUUCUAGUUACUUUUGCUACGAACGCGAUAUUUUUGCACAGAAUAUCUGGACGGGAACAACAACACUAGACGAGGUAUCAGCAGCAACAGUUCUCACGGCGACAUCGAGUGGACCAGCACUCCGCGAACAGAACAAGAAGCGAAGGAACAAAAGAUCAUCCAAGAGGAUCAGCAGAAAAAGCGGCAAGAAUUGCGGUCGCAGUUCGUGGAGCAGAAAAUGCUCGGCAAGCUGCUCUUAUCGGGAGAGCGAACGACUGCUGGGCUACCACUCCCCGGUUUGAGCGACACUUCCACAGUCGAUAUGGACAAUAAUUUGAAACAGACCUCCUUUGUUGCUGGAGCAGCUGCGGCCGGGUCCGCCGCGGGAGCAAAACGCAUUACCCCGUCCGGGACGCAUUCCGGACCGCUCGUCGCUGGUGGGGGAACCGCUUCGCUGAGCAGCAACAUCCACUCCGCGACACCCUCCACCGAAUUUCGGGGUCGGCUCCCUGCAAACGCGGAUGAGUUUCUGCGGCGGAGCACGGAUAUGCUGAGCCGGGUGAAAAACGCGGAGACCGCCGUGGAUCCGUUUGAUCAGUUAGGCCCGCAGGGAAACCUCCAGCAGUCCACGGCAAAACAGAAGAACCAGAUGAAGAUCCGGGAAAUGCGGGGCCAGCGACGAACCUUCGCCAACCACAGCUACGUGACCGGCACGCAGUAUGGAAGCCUCAGCUUAGAAAUCCUCACAGUGAAAAUAAUUUGUAAUGCAAAAAAACGACUCCAGUUGGAGCAUCGCUUCUAGUCGGCGCAUGACAAAUUUCCCGGGCACCCAAAGCGUGUCUGUCAUGCUAGUUAGGCAAAGGGGUGCCCUUCUCUCAUGCUAAUCAGCAGCCCAAUUCUGAACCCGUAGAAGCAGAAUAGUCGGCCUCCAUUGCGUUCUCUGCAAUACAGUCUUUUUGGUGUCGCAUUUCAUGCAUCACAAAUCAUUUGCACUUUGAGGAUUUCCAUUCUGAGGGUGUCAUACGCAGCCCUCCCACCGAGGCACCUUCGCAAACCACAACCCGGAAUCGGUGGCGGAACAGCGGGACUCGAGCCCACAACUGGGGCAACCGAAGCGGAUCCGGGCGACGUUUCAGCGUGCGCAGACCUUCCACGCAACCGCGGACGAUUCGCAGGUAGGAUUUUUUUUGUUUUUUUGCAUAAGAAAUUGCUUUGUGUAGGAGCGAAACAAACUGAAACGCGAGUUAUUCUUCUUGGUCGCCUCGGCGCUCCCUUGUUCUCGGACCUGCGUGACUACAAAUGUAAUUAUCAGGAGUACAACUAUGGGUCCUCGAACAUCACAUAAAAAAACGCAUCUCACCAGAUGAACGCGCAAGCCAAGCAGCACUUUGCGGAGUCCACCGCCCAAUGGCGCGCGAAUAUGCGUUGCAAAAGUAUCUUCGUGCCAGAAUCACAUGACAAAUUUGAAUUUCGUCAGGAGGAUCAUGAUAAAUGAAAUUUGUAAAUGCGGACUCACCUUAACCUUCAGACUAUGGCGCAUGCCUACGAUUUCGAUUACUACGAGUAUGAAGAUAUUACUUUUGCUAUCCAUAGCGCAGUUCCUCCGGCAAAGUUCCCAGAACAUGACCGCGGUACUGACCGAAAAGCCGGGCCACAUGUGGUCAGCGACGGACGUUUUUGACAAAUCUUCGCCGGAUGUCGUCUCUUAUGCAUUCUUGCAAAAGUUGCAUCGCACUUUUCCUCUAGAAGUGUACAUCGCAUCUCGAAUGAUAUAUCGAAUUCAAAGAAAUGUAGUAAAAAUGCGGAACUUGCAUUUGCAAUGCUGCUCCACCUGGCAUAAAAAACAUAACUCGAAAAUAAAGGAUGAUAUACGAGAAGUACUAGAUGCGAAAAACGCUUCUCCAAAUGCGAUUCUACACCCACUUUUGCAGAGUAUAUCCACUCCUCCUCCCGCGGGGCCGGGGGUGAUAUGGAAGCGUCAGGUUUGAAAUCGUAAUCGACAAAGUUGAGAGAGUUUGUCAUGCAUAAAAUGCAAGUGCCUGUCUUGCCGGGAUGGCAAGUAAGGCCGACUGUCAGCCUGUUUAGGGUGUGAAAUAGAGCUUCUAAAGUAGCAAGACAAAAGCAGUCGUCUGUGCCCAAACAGCAUGACAAAUCGGAUUCCGGUGCUCGGGAAAUUUGUUAUGCACCGCUUGAAAAUUGGGCUUCCAACUGGUAUUGAUUUUCUGCAUCACAAGCCAUUUCAACUUUGUCGAUUUCAAACCUGACACUCCCAUAGGUGACGCGGGGAGUUUUACCGAAAAUGGCGUUGAAAAGUACGAUAUCCUGUGCAAAAGUAUCGUACUCGUAGUAAUCGCAGUCAUGCAUUGAUUACAAUUUGCAAAUCUUCAUCCCAAGGUAAAACAGCAUUACAAAUUCAAUUUGUAAUGCUGAGCCAAUUUGUAUUGCGAUUUGUACUAGUGCGAUACUUUUGCAGCGCAUAUACGAGGACGGGCCCGCGCCGCGGAUGUCGUUCCGGGGACCGAGUGGCACACUGCAGAGCCUGGAAACCAGCAGCAUUCCGGAAAAUGAGCAGUUCGAGGAGAACACCAGUGCGUCGGAAGAUGACAAGGAAAACAUGAUUCCGAAGGCAACACGGCGAGGGGGAACGGCGGACAGUUUGUGGGGAAGGUGAUUGGAGGGAAGGGAAGAUGAUCAGGUCGACGACUAGAACUAGAUCCUACGUACUUAUAACGUUCUUGUGCAGAUCCAGAUCAAGAUGACAUAGAACAAAAAUUACAAAGAAAAAAACACCUCCUAGGGCGGCAACUUGCGUGCUUACUAGAACAAAAAGCUUGAUGGUAAAGUUAAAGUGAUUGUUGAUUCAAGAUGAUCGGCGAGUAUGAGUCCUAAAAGUAGAGUGCCGCAUAAUAUUGAUACAUGACAAAAAAAAUGUUAUUUCUUAGUGUGCUGAUGAGUGAUCAUGUAGUCUCGCUUCUUCAAUAUCCCAGUUGGUUUGCGACCCUUAUGUCGGACUAGUAAUGACUAUGACAGUUACAGUAAGUUACUUGCUACAGACGAAGCGUGCUUCUUGUUUAGUCUUCUGAGGAGCCACCUGACGAGAGAAAAAUUCUUUUUUCAAGGAGGAGACGAAUCACCUUCCUUGACGCUGUUGAAAAAUUCAGAUCAGAUCAGAUUUAAUUUAGCAUAGCAUAGCAUGGGGUUUGGCGUGUCGGAACUUUAAGAGUGCAGCCGACUUUUUCAUGAACUAGAGCUCGACCACGCGUACUAUUCUAGUAGAGGCGGCUAACAGUGAUGCUUGUACCCCGCCCGCGAUACAAAUUCCCCGGGCCGUAUAGCAUGCCUAUUGGGUGGGACUGGGAAUUUCGGCCACUGAGCAAAACCCGACAAGCACACCGAAAGUCUUAUACCGGUCGAUGCUAAAGCUUCACGCGCCGCAACCAGAGCACCGGCUGAUUACCCUAAACCCUGUUUAAGUUAUCAAGCACUUACUUUUUACUAUUCGUCUAAUACAAGUUCCCAUUUGCAUGCAUCUACACCUCGGCCUGGAUCAUUUUGAUCUUUUUCUUUUCGUUUUUUUUUUUUAUGUACCCUGAACCCCUCCAUCAAACUUCCCAUGUACGUGCAAAUUGCCCGGCCCACACGGACGCCUCUUUUCCCUAGUGGGAAUAUACUCGUGUACUGGUGGGGACAGCCCGCUGCGCACUGGACUCGCCGAUGGGAAUUUACGAUCUAGUUGCUUUUUGUUUUUCGUACGAAAACUUUUUGAUCUACUUGAACUGCAGUACUGUAACGCUAUAUAUAAAAAAAAAUUUUACCACCUUCUUGUUUUUUUUUGGCCGAGGUGUCUAAGGCGCUACUAGUGCCACUGAUCCGCACAGUGGGCUUCCGCGCUACGAAUAUUUGUAGGUCGUCGAAGGUGGGCGCUACGCGGAAUGUACUACACGAGCAGGCCUAUGGUGGCGGCCACGGCGAUGCAGUCACGCAGACCGCCAUGCAAAACUAACUAGCCUCGCCAUGAGGUCCCCGCGAACGCCACGCCUGUCGCCGCAUCUGCUGACGCAACAGCAGUGCGAGGGAUGGACUAUGCUAAGCCUCUUCGGGCAUAAGUUAUUCAUCCCUUUUUGUAGUAGUACUACCGGUCGGCGUGCUAUGUAAGGUUAAGUCCCUAGAGCACCAGGGGAGCUAAAAAACAAGUUCUUCACCGCCGGGCGCUACACUAGUGCGACAAAAACAAGUUCUGAAAGUCCACAAACGUCCGAAUUGUUCGAAAACUUUCCGCUCCACCGUAGUGGGUUCACUUGCUCUUUGGAAACAGCAAUGGCGUAGAGAAUGAUGGUAGCAAAGGAAGACUAAAGCUUACUUGUGACUAGACAAAGUGAUAAAGAUUGAAGAGCAGGUGCUUACGACUGGGCAAUCAAAGAAAUAGACAGAUCUUUUAUAUUAACUAGAAAAAGUUUAUAUGUUAUGUGUUUGUUUUGGCUCGGCUCGGCUCGGCUGUCGGCGAGUGGCGAGCGGUGGGGCGGUCCAGAACUUUAAGAGUACAGCUGGAGCUUUCAUGAGCUAAAACUUGACCACGCUUACUGCUAUAGUAGAGGCGGCUAACGAUGAACCUGCGCCCCUCCCUCGUGUCAUACAAAAACCCAGGGCAAAUACGCAUGUAUAUAGGGUUCCAGAACUUUAAGAGUGCAGCUGGAGCUAUUCAUGAGCUAACUCUUGACCACGCAUACUAAGUUCUAGUAGAGGCGGCUAACUAACUACUAAAUUCUAGUAGAGGCGGCUUUUUUGUAAAUACUCAUAAAGAGUAAGUUUACAAAUGCUCGCUCGAAAGCGGCGGUAGGGACGUUGUGUAACUAGAAAAAAGCGAUAAGGGAAAAGAAUAAAAAGGCUGUUGCGCUUGCUUUUUGGCUUUGGCCUGGGUCGCUCGCACGCUGCUACUACAGAAACUGCCUGGCAAAGCUUUAGACUGGUCCUGACCUCAACUUUAGUACUGCUUGGCUUUUAAAAAUGUUGCGCGUGACUCGUUUGCCUAACUACUGUGAUGUGUGUCGUGGGCAAUUGUGAUGUGAGAUACGUUCCUCGUUCGCCAAUCUUCCUAUUCUAUGAUUAAGUUCAAUUAUUAAUCUUAUAGAAAGACUGCACGAAGGCCGGUAAAUCAAAGGCGACAUACUAUAAAGCUAAACUGGACUCGAAUCGGAUCAAACAGAAGGGAAACUGAAAAGUGAAACAGUAAAAAUCUAAAUUCCGAAAGAAUUGAUAGAAAAAAGGAUGUGUGAAGAUCCAGCUCGGCCAGAAUAUCGCGAAACCAUGGCCCGGCUGAACAGUUAGCUCCUCGUAUGAAAAAAUAUUGCUGCCGCUGUGAUCCUCUGCAACUCAAUAUUUGACAGGGCAAUAUCUCUCGACAAUAGGCUUUGAAACCACACAGCCUAGGGCCUUUUGUCCGAGAACGCAGCGAGUAUUGCACCAGGCAGCAGAUACAAGGGCUGAGUAAUAAGUAUUACUUAUUAAAGUAAAUUGGAAAAAAAAUGGCUUCGACUGGCACUACAGUGUGCUAGUUCUAAAAGAAGACAGUCAUGGUUUUGUUUGACACGAUUCUCGCGCAACUUUCAUCCAAUCUUGCUACGAGGCCAGGGAAAGCGACAGCAUCAAGAAAUAUCUAAUAGUACCGUGCAAGCCCUUCAAUCCCUCUUCGUUCUCGCAAGUUGAGUGGACGUCUCGCUGACCGAGAGUCUACUACUUCUGAGCCCGGUUGAAUACAGAAACAUCGUGUAGCAGAUCUUUCUAUCUUUAGCACUCUACUUUCCUUAAAAAACAACUCGGCGCGUCGAGCUCCAGGCAUGUCUGUUCAAAAACUGCAUAAAUACUUCCGCACUCCCCUGCAAGUUAUACAAGUUGCGCAACGUGAACUUUGUGCAUGCAGCAACGUUUAUCUGAAUCGCGAGAGAGUGCUUGGGGAAAAUGUAACGAGGAAGAUCGGAAAAUGAAACCACUCCUUUCAUCUGGCUUCAGGGGCGUCGGAACCCCUUCGACAUGUCCCGCGUCUUCGGCAGUUUGGUUGUUGGUCCGACGAAUCGAAACUCACGUGGAUCCAUGGUAGGCUGGUGUGCUGGUCGGACAUGCGGCACAGACCCGGCAGCAACCUCCGCUUUUCUCCGGGUGGAAGAACUCGGCACGAACAGCUCCGACUUCUUGGUAGCCACUGCUGCGCGCCGGGGCUUCAACAGCUUCUUCGCCACUUUCCGGAAAUCGAAGAGCGUUUUCCCCUGGGCCACAAUUUUCUUGCGGAGCGGGUCGAUGGUGGUCUUCUUGAUGUGACGUUGCAUUCGUCCCGAGCGGCCAGGGUGCUCGACGCGCUCCAUUUUCGCCUGUCUCCAUCGUGUCAUGAGCUGAAUUAAGCCUGCCUUCUGAGCCUUCGUUCUACACUUUCGCUGCUUUUGCCAAUUUUUCAUUGGGGCUUUGGUGUUCAUGUUCACCUUGUACCUUCUGAGGAUCGCCUUUUUCCGGCUUUUGAACGCUCCUACGAUUGCUCCUCGAUUCCAUUUUCUUUUUUGCUUCAUCGAAAACUGGGUUACCCCGGGCACGCCGGUGUUGGACUUGCUAUUCGCGUGUUUCGAUUUCCCUGGCUGCGCUGCUCCCGACACGUUCAACGCAAGCCGUCGAAACAGCUUUGCGUCUUCUAAUGCUUGGCUGCGGGGCGGCGUUCCAGAACUUUAAGAGUGCAGCUGGAGCUAUUCAUGAGCUAUAACUUGACCACGCUUACUAGUUUUAGUAGAGGCGGCUGACUGCUUCUCGUUUUGUACGUAUUUGAUGGCUCCUCCACAACUCAGCUUGAAUUUUCAUUAUCGAACUUAAAUAAACAGGACGUGGAUAGCUCCGUGUACAUCUUGAGAUUGAACUUUGAAGAAGAAAGCUUCAGCAAUGUAGAUUGAUUUGGUUCGUCGAGCUCUGUGUUCCUAUGUCGUGUCGGUUUCUCGGGUGUUCUGCUGCUGUGUCGGGAUCGGGUCAGGAGAGAGACAGAUAGUUGCCGUCGCGCUUGAUGCAUCAUGUCUGUCGUAUUUGUGUCCUAACUGCGAGCGAUCGUCAGAACGUCCCGGCUCGUGAAGCCAGCAAGUGGCCGCUGUAGGAAUGCCCGGGCCAGGCCUUCAAUGUCGUCCGUGACAGGCUCAGCGGCCCCGCUUUGUGUUCGGGCUCGUCUCCGCCUUAGAGCAGAAGCGGAAACUCUCCGAACUCGCGAGCGAGAAAAUUGCGAAAAUGCGGGAGGACAGG